AUGGAAGGUAUCGAAUCCCAUAUUACUGAUGAUAAGAUUGAAAAUGAAAUGCCACUUUAUGAUAUUAAAACAAAACAUGAACCAUUAUCAAUAGAUCUUCAUGAACCUAAAAUUGAUUUUAAUCCGAUGACAAUUAUUUUAGCUAAUGAUACGAUAUUAAAAACAUUAAAUCAAGAUAUUGAAACAAUUCUAGAAGUAAAAAAUUCAUUUCAUUCUACAAAUGAAUUAUACUUCACAAUCAUCAUUAUUUACAUUACGCUAACAUUAGAUAUUUGA